GAAAGCAUAAUAUUCAAAAUCAGAAGGAGUUCAAGUGAAAAUUUGCUAGAAUCAGGGGUCCAACGAAAAUUUCCCUUUUCUUGUCGUGGCAAAUACGAGCGACUUUCACAGUUCACCCUGGGAAGUCGAUCUAAGUGCAGUGUGCUCCGAAGAAGAAGAAGAGAUAUAGAAAAUGAGAAAGGUUCACCGCAAUCCAUUUCUUUUCAUUGUCUGUUUAUGCGUUCUCUCUUCAUCUGUUCUUUCCGAUCUGAUCAUCUCCAAGGCUGAUCGAAAGAUUGAUUUGACAUCCCAGAUAGUGAGGAGCACUAUUACUUUGAAGGUUGAAAAUUCUGGUAAUGAUCCUGCAUCAGAGGUCUUGUUACCUUUCCCUGAUGUCGUGGCAAAGAACUUGGCAUUCCUGAGGGUAACAACUAGUGAAGGGAAAGGGAAAAGUAAAACUUCUUCAAGUAACCUCCCUCUUAAAGCUGUCAAUCCUGAUGGAUUUCCCCCAGGGCUGACUUGGUAUGCUGUAUCUCUGCCUAGCAAACUAGGCAAGGGAGAAAGCUUAACUUUGGAGGUCAAGGCUGUAUUCACCCACUCAUUGCAGCCAUUCCCGGAGAAAAUUACUCAGGCUGAACUACAGCUUCUUGUGUUCCAGGAUAGUGCUCAUUAUCUCUCUCCUUAUUCUGUCGAGGUCCAAUCUCUCACUGUUAAGCUACCUGAGCCAAAGGUUGAAGCUUAUACCAAACUCGAAAACACCAAGUUCUCUGGUUCAGAGCUUAAGUAUGGACCUUAUCAAAAUAUUCCUCCAUUCUCAUUCCAGCAUAUAGCUGUUCACUUUGUCAGCAACAAGCCAUUUGCAGUUGCUGAGCAGUUGGUGCGAGAGAUAGAAAUCUCGCAUUGGGGAAAUGUGCAGGUAACAGAGGACUACAAUCUUGUCCAUGCUGGUGCACAGAGCAUCGGAGAAUUUUCAAGGUUAGAUUACCAGGCUCGACCGCACAUUAGAGGUGCGUCUGCAUUUAGGAAUCUUGUAGCUAGGCUUCCACCAAGAGCUCAUUCCAUUUACUAUCGAGAUCAAAUAGGGAAUAUUUCAACAUCUAAUUUAUGGAGCGACGCAAUGAAGACAUUGCUGGAAAUUGAACCUAGAUAUCCAAUGUUUGGUGGCUGGAAAACUUCUUUUACAAUUGGAUACGGCUUGCCACUCAAAGAUUUCCUGUUCCGUUCCGAGGGGAAACGUUUUCUUAACAUCUCUUUUGGUAGCCCAAUCAGUGACGUGGUCGUUGACAAGCUCAUUGUCAAGGUUGUUUUACCAGAAGGAUCAAAAGAUAUUUCUGUUUCUGCUCCAUUUACUGUCUCAGAGUCGAAAGAGACUAAAUUUUCCCAUCUGGAUAUGAUUGGCAGACCAGUGGUUGUUAUAGAAAAGAAAAAUGUAGUGCCUGAGCAUAACCAGUACUUCCAGGUGUAUUACAGGUUCAACAGCUUCUCACUGCUGAGGGAGCCAAUGAUGUUAAUUUCGGGAUUUUUCUUCUUCUUCCUUGCUUGCAUAAUUUAUAUGCAUGCUGACUUGACAAUCUCAAAGUCUUCAGCUUCAUAUCUGGCAAAGAAACAGUGGGAUGAGGUGCAAACUGUCAUUCAACAAUUCCUGAAUAUCAUGAACCGAUGCUUGACUAUUCAUGAUAAACUAGAAGCAUCAUUGCGUGAUCUCUCAAGAACGGGAGAUGUUCAGGCUUGCAAAGCUGCUCGAAAAGCAGCUGAUGCUGUUUUGAAGGAGCUUUCUAAAGAACUGAAGCCUUUACUAUCAUUCUUGCAGUCUUCCCCACAGGCUGCUCCAAUCUUUCCCAAGGUCGAGGAGGUGGUCGCAAAGGAAAAAGAACUGCAAGAGAAGCUCAUGGUGAAGCACUCAACAGUGAUCGAUUGUUACGAGAAAAAGUCUGGGGGACGAGACAUUGAAAACCGUGUUGCGUCAAUCCAGCAAAGAAUUACAGCCUUGAGGCAGGAAGUGGAUGAUCUUCUCGAAAUAAUUGACGAGAUUUAAUCUGCUUAGCGAACAAUUUUCAUGAACUCGUGUGUCUUAUCAAACUCUUAGCUCAAAAUUUUGUUGAGAUACGGACAACGCGAUUAGACUUCUCUUAGCAUAGUGGCAUUUCUUUGCCAUGCUUAUAGAUGUUUUUAUCUCACUGAGCUUAUUCCUGAGAACUUGAAUGAGUAGUUGUUAGGUUCUAAAUUGCGGACUAUUUUGAAGAUUAAUGCGGCUGACUACUGACGUUUUAUACUUUUCUUAUUUUGAACUUAGUUAAGUAUUUAUA